AGUCGACGGCCGUCACUGUUGUUAUCCAAUAAGGGUCUACCAGCCGUUUAACUCUUUACCUUAUACUCGCUUGUUAUAGCAACAAAGAUCUUAGCUUAGGUCCAGGGAUAAACUGAAGAAAAAGAAAAAACAGGUUUUGAAAACAGAAAUCAUCGCAAGAAUGUUUCCAUCGCCAGGAUUUUUUUCUCUGUGGAAUAAAUGAACAAGAUAUUUUUAGAAAACAAAGCAAACAAAGAACUGAAUGCAAACUGCAUGUGCGAGUCUCUAAAAAGGGACGUUUACCGUCUUUAGUGCUGAAACGGACGUCGUUCUUGUACUGAAACGAAACCGAAACUAACGAUACAGCCAAAAAUUGUUUCCACUACCAGGUGUUUUUCCCUUCGGAAUAAAUGAAUAAGAGAUUUUUGGAAAACAAAGCACACAAUUGCAAUCGCAAUUGUGCGCUUACUUAAGUGCUAAACUGGACGUCGUUUUGCGCUGAAACGAAACCGAAACUGGCAAUGCAGCCUAUAAAAUGUCUACACUAAGCACAGCAAUUACCAUAUUUCGGAGUCUCUCUCAAGAUUCUCAAGAAGUGAAGACGAAGCCUACAUUUAUACACCAGCAGAGAAAAUAUGGAAAAAGGCUCCACUGAAAAGCUAAAGAGCAAUAAGUUGAUGUCCAAGCGCAUGAAAUGGAUCAUAAUAGCUGUCAUUGUCGCUGCACUCAUUGCCUUGGCGCUCAGUGUGGUAUUUAUGGGCUUGAAGCCCCACCGCAAUACCUCUGCAGAUUCGUCGACUGCAUCUCGGGAGAGUGACACCAAAGAGGUCGAUGUGGUUUCCCUUGUCGGUUUCCACGUGGGUCGCAUGAUUGCCAGGGGCAACACAACAGAAGGGCCACAGAAAGCAGUCAUUGAUUAUGAGCUGCAGUGCAAGGAGCACGCCGAACUCAACGAAUCACUGGUUCGCUGCGAUUUCACCCAGAUUGGCUGUACCAUGGUGAUGCAAGACAACGUCACAGAAGAAGAUUGCAUAAUGGAGGACGUCAUGUUCAGUUUUGAAGUGGAUGAGGACGGAGAAAUCUUUACUAACGAGACUGACGUCCUUGACCCAGCUCGCUUGGCAUUGGCACUGUACACGAACCAUCUCCGAGCUCGUGACUGCAACGGAGAAGCGCAACGGCAUGCAGUGAGUAAGACCAACUCCACACAUGCCACCAUCAGCUUCAGUGGUUUGACCCUAGAGGUGACCGAGCUGCCAACAAACGCUUUUAGCAAACAUUACCGGCAGUCCAAGAAGUCCAGGAGGAACAUUCAACCUAACACAUUCUUCGAAAAGGACUCGAAAAAGACCCACGGGGUAAGGCGCCGGCGAGACACAUCUUCAGACUCCAUUCUUGGUGGUGCAUUUGGACAGACCCUUAAGAAUUCCUGGAAGGGAGGCCCCUACGUCAAGGUGCCCCACCUCUUCUCUGACAACAAGUCUCCCUGGCUGGGCUUAAGGUAUGACGCCCGCGUGUCAAACUUUGAAGCCUUGUUGAGCACACUUCCCGACAUACAUGUAACCGCUGUCGUGCCCCCCGUUAGCUCGGUGUUCCAAGAUGGAUACAAAGUCAAGCUCGAAGCCGACUUCUCUCUUAACCAACAGUGCAGGGACGUGGUGCAAUCUCGGGUGCAUGUUUAUUUUUACGCAAGAGCUUGUAUUUGGUUCUGGUGCUUCCUCAACGUACGCAAGGAUGACUACGUUUCCCUUCAUCUCACUCCCAUGGUUGAGGUAACUGUAACUUUAAAACCGCAAGGCUCUGAUCUCCAUUACAGCUUCGACCUGACUCAUGUCGAUAUGGGGACAAAUGCUGACAUUGGCGGCCUUGACAGCGUUUCAUCAAGUAUCGGAAUGAUCGGCGCGUUGUUUGGCCCUGGAGGAUUCCUAAUAGGCUUUCUCUUCGAUCGCGUUUUAGAAAAUGUCAUCAGGCGAAUUUACCCUGACUUGGCGCAGGCAGUUCCAGGUAUCGUCAACAGCCAGGCACGUUCUCUCAUCCGGGACUUGCUGCCAUCGCCUGGAGUUCUUAGUGGGGCAGAGGCAGGUGUGGUAGCCGCGCAUAUGAUAACAGGCCUCUACGGUGGCUCGUCGAUCAAGCUCCUGACGUUAGAACUGUCCAACAUCAAUGGCCUGCUCGCUAACGCUCCCCCUCCAUUCCAGCCAAAUAAGAUUGCUUGCUCAGGUCAGGGACUGAUCCAGACGAUUCAUGACGGUUGCAUGAAUGAUUACGGCACUACUACGAGUGGGGACAGCCUGGAGAUCUACUGCUUUGGCGGUGCAAAGCGCUUCUGCCUAUCCGGUGAAUUAUGUCCAUGGCGCAACCAGCCAACAGCUGCCUGUUCUGCCUUGUAUGAGUUGGCCACGUGUUCUGUGAGCGGUCUAAGCGGGCAAAAUAUGGCCGAUGCAUGGGGUGUGGAUUACCAAUGUAACCGACGCUGUCGCGGUUGGUGGUUGUGGCGACGCUGCUGGAACGACUGCUCCUGUUCUGGUUCUUCAUACAGGAACAUCGACUGCGUCGAAGGAUCAGUGCAGACCUGAGAAAAUACUCUCAACUUACGUUGUCAGUAUGGUAAUUUUUCUGAGUCAAGUUUCAGAACAUGUUAGUCUUGUUUUGUCGUUGUCGUUUAUGAUUUCAGUUUUAUUUUUUGUCAAACCUUUUUGCUUAAUAUUUUAACAUAGUUCUCUCGGCGGAGAUGUGUAGAGGAAUAGAACAACAGAGUUUUGUUCGAAUUCCUGAAAACAUCUUAUUUUAUUUUCGUUCGAUCUUGACGGGAUAAUGGAACAGACUUUGAUUAAUUAAUAAAUUAAUUAAUUAACCCAAUCUUGAACUUUGCCACACUGGAAAGCUCUGAGAAGAACAAUGAAACAGGUUGUAAUGUUAACUCUUAUAGAUUCAAGUAAUUCAUAUCUAUCAGUAGCUCCACACAUAUCGUCUUCUUCUAAGAAGAGUUUGAAAGAUCGUUUAUAGCGGAAUGCUUCGAUUAUGACUGGUGUAAUGGAUAAGCAUUAAUUAAUUAAUUAAUUAAUUAAUUAAUUAAUAUUCUGUUUUUAAUUUCAGACAAUGUUGAACUUUCUUAAAUAAACCCACUGUUUAAACGUUACCGUUUUUAAAUAUAACUUGCCCAUGUGUAUGUGUAAGAAAGCUUGGUUACCGAAUCAUCUGACUGAUACAAAAAAAGAACUUCGCAAGCUAUCGUUUUCUAAAACACUUGCCAAAGGGAUUUUCAUGGGACUCCAGGAUCCAAGACAGCAAUAAGGCAAAAAAAAUAAUUAGCAUAACAUGCCGGACUGUGA